AGAAGAAGAAGACUUCCCUGUCUACUGCUCUGUGUGGAUCCUUGCUCCGUCGGGGUGAACACGAAAGAGGCAAUUCUGUUCAAGGAGCUACACCGAGCCUUUUCACAAAAAUACUUUGAUUUUGUACACAGAAAAUGGCGGUUCCUGCAGGUGCAAAUGUGCAGAUGAACACAGAAACAAAGAACGACCUUUCAAAUCCAUCUGAAAAUGACAUUCACUUUGACGAGAAAGAAUUGGAAAACAUCACAAAUCACGUCGAAGAUGGCACAACACUGCCCCUCCACUCUCCGUGGACAUUUUGGCUUGACAGGUCAUUGCCAGGGACAACAGCAGCAGAGUGCGAAUCCAAUCUGAAAAAGAUCUACACAGUACAAACUGUUCAGAGUUUCUGGAGUGUAUACAACAACAUCCCUCCUGUGACUACACUGCCUCUAAGAUGUAGUUAUCACUUAAUGCAUGGAGAGAGGAGGCCCCUAUGGGAAGAAGAAAGUAAUGCUAAAGGUGGAGUCUGGAAGAUGAAAGUACCAAAAGAAAGCACUUCUGCUGUUUGGAAGGAGUUGUUACUUGCCACGAUUGGAGAGCAGUUUGCCGAUUAUUGUGCUUCAGAGGAUGAAGUGGUUGGUGUAAGUGUUAGUAUUCGAGAUCGAGACGAUGUUGUUCAAGUCUGGAACGGAAAUGCAUCUCUUGCUAGUGAAGCGAAUAUCUUAGGGAAAGUCUAUGAACUCCUCCCGCACAUAACUUUUAAAGCAGUAUUUUAUAAAUCUCACAGAGAACAUCAUGCCUUUGAAGGAGGGCGUUCACGACAUUAGCCUCUGCACUUUUUGAUAAAGCUCUAUUCUCGCCUGGAUUUAACCUUCUCUCCUCAACUUAAUCCAAAAUAUAAUUUUGCAUACUGUACAUCGAACCGAGGAAAACGUCAUAGAAUGUUAUUGAUAUAUAUUUUUUUAUAGAUUCAAAUGGCUGAGUUUCAGUCUGAUGCCUUUUAUUGUUUUUUUGUUUGUUCUUGAAACACAAUUCUAAAGAGAUUCUAUCUUUAAUGUACCGGUAGGUCUUUUUUAAUUUAGUCUGUCAUUUAAAAAAAAAAAAAAGGUCCUUAGUCUUCAUUCAUGUCAUUUCUGAAUAUGUGCUGUUUCUUCUUUAGAAUGAUAAUGCGCGCUAUCGCUGCACUGUCACUGCUCUGCUCUCUUGGCAUGCCAUGGACCUCACGAGCGAGCAUUGAUCCCUACUGUAUCUAUGGCACACCACUGACCCACAGUUCACUGGUUUUCACUACAUAUGCCCUUAGAGUGAUGUUGCUUGUUUAUAUAAUGUAUGUUUUUAGCUGUCUUGGAAUUAUGAAUCGUUUGAUCCAUAUAUACUUUGACUCAUUUGUGAAAAAUUGAGUGUCCUAAAAGUUGUAGUAUUUGUAACUGUUGGCAGACAGUGCUUUUUGGCACAUACUCAAUCAUUUCUCACCAAUAUUAACAUCAGCAUUGAAGUUAGAGACAUUGACUCAAAUGCUACAGGUAGCAAUGAGCGAAGUCCCCAGACAUUCUUACACAUUAUGAUUAUACUUUGAUUGCAGAGCUGUUAAUAUGCAAUAGGUAUGAACAGUGUUAUACUGGUGUAUUUUUAUUUUGUAUCAGAAAAUAUUUUAACUUUAAAAGGAUCAACUAUUAACAAAGUACUGUAUAUAUAUAUAUAUAUUAGUACAUUUCAUUUACACAUUUCUAAAAGUGUUGCCAAUGCAUUCUUUGGAAGUGUUUGGGUGAAUAUAAUAAUAGGAUAAGUUACCAUUCACCUUAUUGAAACUCAGCCCAAAAUAAAAACAAAUAUCACAUGCUGCUGUCACAUCACUGUCACCAGAACACUUGUGCUGCUAAUAUACACUAUAUAUGCAAAAGUAUUUGGACACCCUUUCCAAUUAGUGGAUUUGGCUGUUUUAGCCACACCCGUUGCUGAAAGGUGUAUAAAAUCGAGCACACAGCCAUGCAAUCGCCAUAGACAAACAUUGGCAGUAGAAUGGCCUUACUUAGUGACUUUCAACAUGGCACCUUGACGUUGCUGAUGGGUGUAUAAAUUCGAGCACACAGCCAUGCAAUCGCCAUAGACAAACAUUGGCAGUAGAAUGGCCUUACUUAGUGACUUUCAACAUGGCACCGUGACAGGAUGCAAAAAGUCUUUGUCAAAUUUCUGCCCUUCCAGAGCUGCCCCGGUCAACUGUGAGUGCUGUUAUUGUAAAAUUGCAACGUCUAGAAGCAACAAUGGCUCAGCCGUGAAGUGGUAGGCAACACAAGCUCACAGAACGGGACCGCUGAUGCACGUACGAAUAAUCUGUCCUCGGGUGCAACACUCCCUACCAGGUUCCAAACUGCCUCUGGAAGCAACAUUGGCACAAUAACUGCUCAUUGGGUGCUUCAUGUAGUGGGUUUCCAUGGCCGAGCAGACGCACACAAGCCUAAGAUCAACAUGCUCAAUAAGUGUUGGCUGGAGUGGUGUAAAACUUGCCGCCAUUGGACUCUGGAGCAGUGGUAAUGUGUUCUCUGGUGUGAUAAAUCACGCUUCACCAUCUGGCAGUCUGACGGACGAAUCUGGGUUUGGUGGUUGCCUGAAUGCUAGUGCCAACUGUGAAGAAGGAAUAAUGGCCUGGGGCUGUUUUUCGUGGUGCUGGCUAAGCCCCUUUUUUCCAGUGAAGGGAAAUCUUAGUGCUACAGCAUACAGUACAAUGACAUUCUAGAUGAUUCUGUGUUUCCGACUGGCAACAGUUUGGGGAAGGCCCUUUCCUGUUUCAGCAUGACAAUGCCUCCGUGCACAAAGUGAGGUCCAUACAGGAAUGGUUUGUUGAGCUCAAUGUGAAAAAACUUGACUUGAUUGCUUAGAGCCCUGACCUCAACCCCAUCAAACUCCUUUGGGAUGAAUUGGAAUGCCGACUGCGAGCCGGGCCUAAUCGCCCAACAUCAGUGCCCGACCUCAGUAAUGCUCUUGUGACUGAUUGGAAGCAAGUCCCCGCAGUAAUGUUCUAACAUCUAUUGGAAAGCCUUCCCAGAAGAGUGGAGGCUGUUCUAGCAGCAAAGGGGGGACCAACUCCAUUUUAAUGACCAUGAUUUUGGAAUGAGAUGUUCCACGAGCAGGUGUCUAUAUACUUUUGGUCAUGUAGUGUGUAAUCUCUGUUAUUUCUGUUUUUAAUCCCAUUAUCUCAAAGUGAGCUGUACUGAUCACAUUUUACAUUAGAAUUGUGCCUUACACUGCCCAGGGUCUCAGUUGUAGAAUUUGGUUUAAAAAUGUAUGCAACUUGGUCCUAUAUUUGUGAGUUUUGUUGCAUUUGUUGUUAGAGGGUUACUGAAAAAUAAAAUGUUUUUAAUUUGUGGGAAUAUUCUGAUGCUUUGGUCUUGGCCGCAUUAUCUCCACCUACUGGUGACUUUUUGUCGUAUAUUUCACUUGCAUUUCUGCUGCAAGUCACUUAAUAAAGAGUACUACUGAUACUCUGCUCAGUAUCAUCACCCCUGAAAUGAAAAAAUAAAUAAAAACUUUGUGUCCUUUU